UCCAGAUUGCCAUUCCUCAUCUCAUCCUAUCUAGGGCUGGUUCUCAUCCUCCUCUCCGUCCAACUCAGCCAGAACAACUGCACGUGCGCGGGGCCGUGAUGGCUGGGCCAGAGCCAGGGCAGCACAUGGCGAGGAACCUAGAGGGCGCCAUGGCUGGCGCCUUGGAGCUCCUCUGCCCUACCGGCGGCCUAAUCUGGUCGUCUGCCCCAGUCAACCGGCCUCGUGCUUCUGAUCUGGCCAAAUCGACAUGCCGCGCCCUCGCACGCAUCACCCGACCGGACCUCUAGCGCCUCCUCGCAACACCCUCCUUUCUCCUUCCUCUCUCCCUUCCCUACCUCUCAGUUCUUUCUCUUUUCCUUGGCCAUGCAGGGAGCCCCCGCAGGGAGCCUCGCCGCUGCUGCCAUCACCUGGACAUGUUUGCACCGUGUCUCCUCCGACCCGGACAUGUCACGCCGCCACCUCCUCCGAGUUUGCCGGCCGCUGUCGCUCGUCCUCCCCUGCAACCCCUGCCUCGCCAUGCAUGAGGACAAUGAUGACAACUGCCGCCAUCGACCGUCCCAGGCCAUCCUUCUCGCCUCGCUCGCGUGGGCGCACCGUCCUUCUCCCCUCGCUCGCGUGGGCCGCAUUGCGCGCGGGCAAGUCGGCCCUUGCCAGUCGAAGUGUCGGUGCGGCGAGGCCACUCGGGCUAGAGAUUAUUUAUUCCUUUGCUCCCUCACUUGCGGGGUUAAUUCCUUUGUUCGGAGAGGCGAUGUUGAGGAGGAGGCCGGGGUUGCGGAGGACAGCGGUGCAGCCUGGCUGGGGCCUCGGGGUGGCGCGCGGAGAUGCGCGACGGGCGCUGGUGGUGGUCGCCGGUGAAGGCGGGUGGAGAAGGAAAAAAUAGGAAAAAAGUCGUUCUAUGCAGGCUCAAGCCCAGCAACGAAACUAACUAAUCUAGGAGGUACGUUAACGAUUUUCGUGCGACGUAAUGACAGAACAGACCGUGGCGGAGUAGUACUACCUCGGAUGUAGAAAAUAAUAUAGCUGAAAAAAAUCUGAAAGUGUAAAUUCAUAGGAAGAAGCGUAUUUUGACGGUGAACCCAAGGAGUCAAUCCCUGUUUUA